AUGAGCUUACCCAGCGAUAGCUCAACAGCCGACCCGGCAACUGACCCCACUCCAUCCUCAGGUGAUGCUCCAGGCUCCAACUCAAACAACUAUCUUAUUGCUUCUAGUUUGAAGAAGAAUAGCUCAUCGCUGGGAUCGGAUACUGUGCCGAUCAGGUUCUUGCUCACAAGGUAUCUGACCGAACCUUACAGAGGACCUCCAGAUAUGAGUUACACCAAGGCUCAUCACUGGAGAUUGGUGGCAGGUUCUCCUUCCAAGGAGAGCCUAAAAGAUUGGGAUACGUUUAGCAGAAAUUUAAAUGGCAAUAUGAAACGUCAUCUAAAGUCGACGAUAUGUAUCAAUGGAGAGGUCAGACCGGAACAAUAUCCUGAUGUCACCGAUCAGAUAGAAAUAACAGAAAGAGAAAAGCUUUUCCGUGAAGCUCGAGCAAUAUUCUCGGAUUUCUUCCCGGCGGAAGGAUCAGGCUUGUCAGGAUCAGCUGCCACAUUUGAAUUAGAAUGCGUUGGUAUCGAGCAGUACCUGCGUCGAAGUCCGAAGAUUUCAGUGGAUAGCUUGAACCCGCCACCAUAUGACAAGGUUAAAUAUAAACAGGAAAUGACUGCCCGAAAAGGAAGGAGUUGGUUUCUCCUCUGA